AUGAAUAAAUGUUUUAAUUAUUUGAUAAAAAUAAAGAAUGAAUAAGAUGCUUUGAUUAAUUUCAUAGAUAAAGUAAAUAUAGAAUAAUAUAUUAAUAGUAGCAACUAAUUUUAGGCAUAAGAAUAAAAAGGAGGAACAAAUUAUGCUAAUGCAAUCGCAGCUGUUUAUGAAAUAAUUAUGAAGAAAAUUUAUGAAAGAGAAGGAGGUUAUCUAACCUUUGAAGAAAUAAGAUAAGAUUUAAUUUAGAAAAAUGGAACAAACGGGUGACAAUACAUUUAAAUGUUUAAUAAAUUUGUUAAGCUUUAGAUUAUAGUGUAAAGAAUUAAAAGAUAUAAGUGAUAUUAAAUAAUGUUUACAUUAAGGAAUUCAAUUAUCAGCAAGAUUUUAUUUAUGUGAUAAUUAAUGGGAUAGUAAAGAUCCGAAUCAGUUUGGUUUUAAAUCCUUCUUUACAAAAUAUCCAAAAGGAAUUUUAAGAAAUCUUCCAAGAAGAUCAAAUAAACCUGUUGGAGGAAGUUGUAUUACAUAAGUACACUUCAGAGUAUUAUUCAUUUAUCAACUCUUUGGGAACUGAUUGGGGAGAUUAUGGAUUCUUUAAAGUAAUAGACCUUGAAGUGCUUGGUCAAAAUUCCUUCAUGGAAGUGUUUUUGACUAAAGAUAAUUUAACAGAAUAAGAUAAAUAAUCAUUUAAACAGAUUGCAGGUUAAAAAAUUUCAAAUUUUUAUUAAAACGUCUUUAGAGUUAUCGGAAAUUAAUUCUAUACAUAUCCUAAAUGCUACAACAAUCUUUCAUUAAUGAAUAUAAAGAAAAUUCUUAUGAAGCUAAGUGUCCUAAAUGUCAAUAAAACUUUCAUCCAUAAUUAAUAAUAAAUUCUUUUAGAUAAAAUAUUUAUUAUUUUAGUCAGAUAAUAAUAUGAAUAUUAUUAUAUAAAUACAAGAAUUGUUUCAGAUAUAAAAUAUAAAUUUUUUUCAUUUAUUAAAAAAUUAAUUGAAACUUAUUAUCUAAAUAUUAUUCAAUUGUUUUGA